CAUACAUGUACAAGGUAGGUAGCAUGAAGCUUUCGGCCUUUCAAGUUGCAAUUGUUAAGAGUUGGAUAAAACAUGCAAUUACUUGGAACUGACUCCUUCUCGAAUUCUCCUUAAGUCCUUCCCUGGCACCUAUUGAUAAUCCAUAACAUCAAAUUCCCCAUUAAUGUUUAUAAAAUUCCUUUGUUGAAAUCGAUAUAAUGAUGAACCCCGGAUCGUGUACAUGAGCGCAUGUGAUCACAAUGGUCAAAGACAACAACGAACAAGGAAUGCCGGAGGACAUCAAGGGUAAAGGCAUCGCAAUUCACCCGAAUAAUUUGUCAUCUUCGUCGGCCCACCGAGAUGGUCGCUCGGAUUCUGCGCAGGUUGGCAAUCACAAAACUUCCAUUAUGUCGCGGAUAGGCGCAUCCGCAAGCAAACUAACUGGAGAUAUGGUUCUACGGCACCCAAGUAGCACCCAGAUAGCUCGUGCUUUGCCCUCAAGUAAAGCUGAAUCAUCUGGGGCUACCGAAGCCAGAAGUAUCCAGGAGGCAUCACCUUACAAAAACUGUACUAAUCCAACAAAUUUUGGUGGCACAUUCAAAUCUACACAAUCCCAGGGACAGCCCGCCUCGCACGAGUCAAGUUUCUCUUCAUUUCUAGUCAAAACAAGUGUGCCAGAUAUGAUAGAGCCCAGCAAUGUCGAAAGCCAUGCUUAUAGGCGAGGCUACGACUCCGAGUCAAGGCAGGUUCCUCAAACUUCGGCCAUUGCGGCGACUGAUGGGAUGUGCGUGGCAAGCCUCCUCGACACAGGAUACGACGAGGUUGACGAAACAGUCGCACCAUUGACAGACGACGAAAGAGUAUCAUUGCGGUAUCAUCUUUUCGAAGAUGACAGUGACUUGAAGCCUUUCUCUUCUCAGAGGGGACAAUGGAAAGAUAUUUUGAACUUCUUUCCAGACUUCAGUGCGAAUAGCAAUAGCACACAGGAACUUGCUGAGUUGCUUGGUCUAUCUGAUCCAGAAGAAGCUAGGCGCAUUUGGACUAACCAAUGGCAAUGCGUCCUCUCGAGUUAUACGGAUGAGGUUUGGGGACAUCUCAGCCCCCUGGUAAACGUGGCUCGAGAAGAACUCAGUAGUCUUUCAAAGCCCGCCGAAGAUUUGCCUUUGAAGCCGAAAGCACUCCAUAGGCUUCAACAGAUUCUAAGUCAUGUUCGUGGCAUGUGAAAAGGGAAAUGGGAAGAAGGAAAUAGGAGAUGUAUAGGGAAUGUAUAGGGUCAAGGAUCGAGGUAGAUGAUAGGAAGGAAAGUGUAUAAAAUCCCAUAGUUUUAG